UCCCUUUGUGCGGCUGCUCGGUGUUACGCGACAGUAAGGCUGACGCUUCUGUUGCACCCUGGGGGCUGACCAUGUCGCGGCUUUAUGCGUUUCUUAUUCUGCCUGUUAUAUUCCAGUUGGUGUCGUCUAUCUCAUUCUUUUUACCUGUAAAUUCUCGAAAGUGCCUGCGGGAGGAAAUACAUAAAGAUGUGCUUGUAACGGGAGAUUAUGAACUUAGUGAGCAACCGAACACUAAAACCAACCUGAAGAUUACAGACUCCUCUGGACAUAUCCUGUACUCAAAAGAAGAUGCAUCGAAGGGGAAGUUUGCUUUCACCACAGAGGACUAUGACAUGUUUGAAGUUUGCUUUGAGAGCAAAUUUCCUAUGGGAACUGGACGGGUACCUGAUCAGCUGGUCAACCUGGACAUGAAACAUGGAGUAGAGGCUAAGAACUAUGAAGAGAUUGCCAAGGUGGAGAAGUUGAAGCCCUUGGAGGUGGAGCUCCGACGGUUGGAGGACCUGUCCGAGUCCAUUGUCAAUGACUUUGCAUAUAUGAAGAAACGAGAGGAGGAAAUGCGGGACACUAAUGAAUCCACAAACACAAGAGUCCUGUACUUCAGCAUCUUCUCCAUGUGCUGCUUGAUCGGCUUGGCCACCUGGCAGGUGUUCUACCUCCGCCGUUUCUUCAAGGCAAAGAAGCUCAUCGAGUAGGGUACCUCAUGCAUCUGCCACUAACCUAGCCUGGUUGCCCAGCAUCAUGAAGGGAGUGGAGGGUGCCUUCCAUUUUGGGAAGAGUGGAGUGGGUACAUUCUGGGACUGCAGAUGUCAUGUGAUCAGCUAAAAGAGGAUCCUACACUCUGAACCUGAGCGCCAUGGUGUCAGCACGUUUCAUGCACAUCACAAUUAAUUUCUGUUGAUUUUAUUUGCGAGUACUUUAUGAAAGUUUUGGACUUUGGUUAAACGUUUUGGGCUUUUGCAAGUAAUUUCUUUUCUUUAUGUUUUAUUUAACUUUGUUUUGAAGAUAAGUGGAAGUUGCGCGAGGGCAUUUUGAAAGCUAGGAAAAUGUGUUUUUAGCUUUAAAAACCCUAAUCAAAGUGCCUAUCUUGCAAUAUACUGUAAGCCUUGUGAAGAUAUUUGUUGAAUUCCCUUCCUUAAUUGUGCCAUGUCUUUCUGCACAAACAUAUAUUCUGCCAAUGAAAAUCCUUCUGAAUGCUCUCAGAAAUAGAUUUUUUCAUGUCUUCUAAGUGAACUUUUAUUUAAGAAGCGAUGGAAAUAUAAAUGCAAGACUAGAUGGUGUUUUUCUUUUUUAAAGCUACCAGCAGUUAUGUGAGCAAGUGUUCAUUUUGGUGGUGUCUUUAAAAAUAUUACAUUUGUAUUCCUUGUAUCUUUUAUCAGGUUUUUUUCUGAUAGUCUUUUACAUUUUACCUUGUGAGAGAGUUUCAGAUCAUCCUAAAUUUUCAACAUUAAAUUAUAAUUAGGGCUGUCAAAGGUAACACAUUAAUGCAUAGUGGUAAUCUGUGGAAGCCCGUUUCUGCCACUUAUAAUAGAAAUCAAUUAUGAGAAAUAAAGAAUUGCAAUAAAAAAGCAGAAAUUGCAAAAAAUAAAGUUCCAAAGAAGCAAACUUUUUUUUUUUUUUUAAUAAUCAAGUAGGCAGGUCGGUCACUUCUGCUCUUGGUUCAAUGCACUCCCUGUACAGCUGCAGACAAGAGUGAUGGCUACGAUGGCUGCGUCUGCUCUGUCCAGGCGUUUUAAUAUUUCCAGUUGUCAGUCAGUCCCACCCCCUCAUAGUAAUUUACCAAGCAUGCUUUCAUUAUGAAAUAAGCUGGUGUGAGUAUACACAAACAUUGGUGCACACAGGUGUUUUAUAGUACAAAUUGAAAUGGUGCAAUACUAUAAUCUGCGUUCAUGCACCUACGCCUGUAUUCUGUAGCUCCUGUGGCAUGUACAGUGUAGACUGUUCUUUCAACACUCCCAAUAGUGUGAUAUUGUGCCAGGAGUGUUUAUUUAUUGUAGAGUUGGAAGACAGGAUUUGGACAUUGGUGGAGAGCAUUAAUAAUAAUAAUACAUUUUAUUUAAAGGUGCCUUUCAAGGCACUCAAGGACACCUUACAAAUGCAAUAUACAUUGUUGCAGUACAAAAAAAUAGCAUCUAAUGAAACAAAACAAAAAAAAUGAAUAAAAAUAAAGAAAACAAAUAUUUAAAAGCUGCCACAGCAGCAGAAUCAUGAUGAAUGUGCAAGUUUCAAAAGUUGUAUUUUAAGAUGAGAUUUGAAUAAAGAAAUCCUGUCGAUGUUAUGGAUAUCAGGAGGUAGAGUAAAUGUAAAUGUAGGUAGAGAAUUCCAUAGACUGGUGGCAACAUAACUAAAAGCUCUAAAUCCCAUAGUGGUCAGGUGAGCACGCUGCACAACCAGAGAGAUGAGUGAGAAGAUUUGAGUGUGGGAAGGAGUGUGAAUAUGUAAGAGAUCAACAAGAUAUGAAGGAGAAAGAUUGUGAAGGGCUUUGAAAGCGAACAGUUGAAUUUUGUAAUCAAUGCGAUAUUUAACGGGAAGCCAAUGAAAUUGCUGAAGAACAGGACUAAUAUGAGCAGUGAUAGGAGUCCUGGUAAUAAUAUGAGUGGCUGCAUUUUGUACUAACUGGAGCUUAUGAAGGAGCUUAAGAGGUAAACCAGAUAGAAUGGAAUUACAGUAAUCAAUACGUGAUGUGACCAGGGCGUGUACAAGAAUGACGAUAUUGGCAGGUGUAAGAGAUGGAAGAAGAUGGUUAAUAUUGCAGAUGUGAAAACAUGCAGAUUGGAUAAUAUUAUGAAUUUGUAGUUUGAAAGACAAAGUGAUGUCAAGGAUGACACCCAAACUCUUAACCUCAGUAGAGUGAGAAACCAUGGAACCAUCAAGUGGUUGAGGGUAAGGUUAAGGUUAAAAAAGGUACGGCAUUUUCAAGCAUCAAAAUGUGCUUUUAUCAUAGUUCUUGACCCGCGUAGGAUGGGAAACCACAAUUUAGCAUGCUUUAGUAGCAUAUUUCCUAAUUUGCAACAGUCUGUUGUAUCACCAGAAGGCCCAAAAUUAGGGUUAGGGUUUGCAGUCCGAGGCUAAGGUUAGAAAAAAUAUGGCAUUUUCCAGCAUCAAAGUGUAUUUUGAUGAUUGUUGUGUCAAACUCAGUGCAUCUACAAACAUCAAACAAACAUGAGCUCUCAUGGGAACUGCUCCAAAUCUCCUAACCUUUUAGAGGGUAGAAAGAACAACCUUUGUUUGCUAGGAAACCUAAAGACUAGCUAGUGUUUCUGGGGGGACCCAUACAGUACACUUGUGCACCUGCUGAGAGAAAAGUUUGGAAAGAUAGGCUUUAUUGGGAUUUUUUGGCAAGCAAAUAAAAUAAAAGGACACUCGGCUCACGAUCAACACACUGGAGACACGACUGGUAGGAUAGGGAGAAGGGAGAUGGGCAUUAAAAAAGUAUUAAUCAAGUAUGAAAUGCAUAUAUGAAGUUAUCUCACUAGUAUUUAACUCAUGACCAGUUGCUUGUCCGCUGAGCCUGUCUGUCCAACUGUUGCUUAUUUACUUGAUCAUGUUGAACUAUAUGAUUAUUUAGUUUGACAGUGUUAUAUUAUGAGCAAAAGAGUGUAACAGUCUGAUUGGCAUUAACUAUUGGCUCAGUAUGCAUUGUAUUAUUGUAUUGAAAUAUGGUAUGGUUUAUGCUUGUAGAAAAGCAUUUACUGUAUGCACUACAUAUGCACUAAUAGUAUAGCUCAUUUAAAUGAAGUGGCAUAAAAUAUUGUGUUUGUGUAUUUAUGUAAACUUAAUGUGUUUUCUUUAUUUUGCUGGACUUUACUAAACUACUUGUACUUUAGUUUACUUGUGACAGAGACAGCUGGGAUAUUAAUGAGUAAAAUGAGAUGUUUAGUUAAAAAAAAUGUUCAUUUAAAAUGAAGCAAUAUUUUUGUUGUUUAUCUUUGAAGGUUAUCAACCCAACCUUACUUCUAAAUAAAGAAGAUAACUGAG